UCAAAUCCAACGGUUUGGAUAAACAAAAAACCAAACAAAUCCCCAAAUUCUCUCUCUCUCAUCUUCCCCAUCGUCAGAUUUCUGAAUCAAACAACUCAAUUCAAUCCACCAAUCUUCAUCGCUCCCGCGUCAAUAUAAAAAUUUCCUCCUCUUUACAGUGUGAUCUAGGGUUUACGUCAGAUGUCGGCGGAGGCGCCAGCGAGUCCGGCAGCAGGAAGCCAUGGGAGCGGAGGGGAGCAGAGUCCGCAGUCGGGAGGGAAGGAGCAAGACCGUUACCUGCCGAUUGCGAAUAUCAGUCGCAUCAUGAAAAAGGCCAUCCCUGCCAAUGGCAAAAUAGCAAAGGAUGCUAAGGACACUGUCCAGGAAUGCGUCUCUGAGUUCGUCAGCUUCAUAACCAGCGAGGCUAGUGAUAAAUGUCAGAAGGAGAAGAGAAAGACUAUUAAUGGGGAUGAUUUGUUGUGGGCAAUGGUGACAUUAGGAUUUGAAGACUAUAUUGAACCACUUAAAAUUUACCUUGCUAGAUAUAGGGAGGUAAGUGGUGAUGCCAAGGUAUCUGCAAGGGGUGGGGAAGGAUCUGCAAAAAGGGAGGCUGUUGGAAGCCUAGCCGGCCAGGAUGCCCAGUUUGCAUAUCAGGGAUCCUCGAACUAUAUUAACUCUCGAUUUACAUACAAGUGUCUUACAUUCUAUGGUUGUGUUUGGGGAUAAAAUGGAUUAUCAACAUUUGGCCAUAUUAUAUGGUUGUGUGUUGUAAAUUUCAGCAUAAUAUUUGACUAUUAUAAGUUUGCAACCAUAUUCUAAACAAGUGAUCUGACUUUGUAUAGGCUGAAGAUCUUCCUAAAGGGCUAAUAGUUUGCUUUAGAGUAAACCAUCUGGGAACUUUAUAUACUUGAGCAAAUAUGUUAUACUGAAGUCACUUAACCAUCUUGUUACUUUACCUGUUACUUUUCUUCUUCAUAAUUUUGAAUUGUUGAGGAUUUAUUCGACAUUGUCUUAUCUCCUUUUUCUCCCUGAAUGUUUGAAAUUAUCUUGAAAUGAACUUUUUUCUUCUUCGUUAGGCCUUUGAGAUGAAGGAAAUAUAUGAUGUGCAGAUUCCUGAGAAAAAAUUGAGAUUAUAGUUAAUGCCACUCUUUACAUAUUUGGGAUUACAGGUUGAGUGACUACAAUCUUUCUUUCUUUAUAAUUUACUUACAUUUUACCUUGGAUCAGCUUGAUUCUGAAAGUUUGGAGGAAAAAUGAAGAUGUUUGUCUUUCCUUUCAAAUUUCAAAGAAAUGGAUGGAUAUGGUGUGGUUCUAAUUUCCAAUUGGAUUUUACUUAUUUUUGUUUCUUGGAAUUUUGCAGGCACAACAACAGCAUAUGAUUAUUCCAUCAAUUCAAGGCCAUCAGCAGUAUUCAUAUCUACUUCUAUAAGUUCUUAAACACCUAUAGAAGAUCCUUAAUUUGAAAUUUUAUUUUAUUUUGUCGAAGUUAUAAUGCGGAGGUCUGUUGUUAGGGGUAAUCCUGAAGCUCCUCUAUUAACAGGUGCUGCAAAUUUGGUACUUAUUUAUAAAAUCUCUUGAUCAUUCUAAAAGAAAACAUUUGGUACACAACUGACAUACCGUAGAAUACGUCAACGAGUUUACAUUAACAGGUGCUGCAAGUUUUGGUCAAGGCAGACUUUGAAGGAAUAAUUUCCUUUGUAGAAC